AUGCCGCUGGCUGCGGAAGUGGUGGUGAUGCGGGAAGGAUCGGUGACGACGACUGCGUCGGAGAGACUUUGUAAUACGUUUCAUAAACCGAAGCCAGACAGUGAACAUGGGUGGGUUGAGGGGUUGAAAGCUCUUUUUGAAGAAGAAGGACUUGUGGAUGUAUCCCGUACUCGGCAUACAUGGCCUAAUUAUCUCCGUCCUCUUUGGUCACAGAGCUCUAUGACUGCUACUGCAGAUGUGAUGGCGAAGAUCGAUGCUUAUAAUACGAAGGGAACUGGGAUGGGGAUGAAAUUUGUAGAGGACUUGGAGAGAGAAAGCGCGAAUGGGGUUGCGGUGAAUACGUCUUUUCAAUGCGUUGUUGGUCGUAAGAUGUUAUGA